UGUUCUUCCAUGCAGAAUCGUAAAGAUGUCUUCUGUUAAGGAGGAAUAUGAGGAUGUCAGCGUCAUGGAAGCGUCUGGACUGAAGAUGGAAGAUGAGGAGAUGGAGACAGGUUCUGACCAGACAUUUUCACUCUGGCAGUGUGGACUUCACUAGACCAAGUGUGAAGAUGUCCUGUGUUAAGGAGGAGUGUGAGGACGUCAGUGUGAUGGAGGCGUCUGGACUGAAGACAGAAGACGAGGAGAUGAAGGAGGAACCAUUACUACAAGAAGAUGUCGAAGAGGAAUGUAAACCAGAUGUGAAGCCAUUUCCAGAAGAACAUAGUGCACAGAUAUCCAACCUGAACGCUGAGCAGGAAACAAGCUUCAGUGCUGAUGCCUCCCACCUGAAAGAGCACCAACAUCACUUGGACAUCCAUGAAGGACAGAGACCUCAUCAGUGCUCUCAUUGCGAGUUGAGGUUCAAGUACAUGUCAACUUUAAUACGGCAUGAAAAGACUCACACUAGAAAAAAGUCUUCCACCUGCUGCGAAUGUGGGAAGAGCUUCUCCUCUGCGAGAUCUCUCAGGUUUCACAUGGACAUGCAUGCAGGAAAAGAGCAUCAUCAGUGCUCGCAGUGUGGUUGUCGUUUCAGCAGUUCACCACAGUUAAGACAGCAUGAAAAGACUCACACACAGAAGUCUUUCACCUGCUCUGAGUGCGGAAAAGGGUUUUCAGACUCAGGCUGCCUUAAAACCCACAUGAGGAUUCAUACUGGAGAAAAGCCUUUUACCUGCGCUCACUGCGGGACAGGGUUCACCACUUUAGGCGCUUUGAAAAGCCACCUGUACCUUCAUACAGGAAUCAAACCUCAUAAGUGCUCCAUAUGUAGAAAGACGUUCACACAGCUCUCAUGGUUAAAAGCUCACCAACGAAUUCACACUGGGAAAGAACCUUUUAGCUGUUCUCACUGUGGAAAGACCUUCAGGAGAAAGAUCAGCUGUGAAAUCCACAUGAAGGUUCAUAGCAGAGAGAAGCAUUUUACCUGUUCUGAGUGUGGAAAAGGUUUCACAAGAUCACGAUAUCUUAAAAGCCACAUCAUGACACACACUGGUCAAAAGCCCUUUUCCUGCUCUGAGUGUGGAAAAGGCUUUUCUAACUCAAGAAACCUUAAAAACCACUUGACGAUUCAUACCGGGGAAAAGCCCUUUACCUGCUCUGAGUGCGGAAAAGGUUUCUCCUAUUCACGAACCCUCAAAAAACACAUGUUAAUUCAUACUGGAGAGAAGCCUUUCACUUGCACCCAUUGCGGAAGAGGUUUUUCAGUGUCCAGCAACCUUAAAGCCCACAUUAUGAUUCAUACUGGAGAAAAACCUUUUACCUGCUCAGAGUGCGGGAAAGGUUUUGCAAAAUCAUGCCACCUUAGAAGACACAUAAUGAUUCAUACCGGAGAAAAAAGGUUUACCUGCUCCGAGUGCGGAAAAGCUUUUACAGAAUCGAGCAACCUUAAAGUUCACAUGAUGUUGCACACUGGGGAAAAGCCCUUUACCUGCCUUUUGUGUGGAAAGGGGUUUUUGACGUCAUCCUGCAUGAAAACCCACUUGAUGAUUCACACUGGAGAAAAGCCUUUCACCUGCUCCGAGUGUGGAAAAGGUUUUUCAAAGUCAAGCCAUCUUAAAAGCCAUGCAGUGAUUCAUACUGGAGAAAGGCCGUUCACCUGCUCUGAGUGCGGCAAACGUUUUGUGAGAUCCAGCAACCUCCAGUCCCACAUGAUGAUUCAUACCGGAGAAAAGCCUUUCGUGUGCAUUCAGUGUGGGAAGGGUUUCUUUAGGCUGCAUGACCAUAAACGCCACAUGAUGAUUCAUACUGGAGAAAAGCCUUUCACCUGCUCCGAGUGCGGAAAAGGUUUCGCAGAAUACGGCAACCUUAAAACUCACACAAUGAUCCAUACCGGUGAAAAGCCUUUCAGCUGCACUCAGUGCGGGUCCAGUUACACGACAGCAGCCGCUCUGAGAAAACACGUCUCCAAACAUGCAAGAACCAAAGCAGAAUCAGGGCUCUGAAAGUGGGGAGAGUUUCCUACAACUCACGCAGUUAAAAGUUCACCAGGAGCUUCAUACCGGAAACCAAACUUUUACCUCUCCUUAAUGUGGGAGAAAGAAAGACUUUAAAACCCAUUAUGAAUCUCUUUAACUGCACAAGUCAUGGUUAAAGGUACACCGAGAGAUUCAUACUGGGAACAGAACUUGUAUGUCUUCUUAAUGUGGGAGAAAAUAAGACUCUAAACCCAGUAUAUGAUCCACACUGGGGAAGGCAGUUUACCUGCACUCGGUGUGGAUAAGGUUCUUCAAAAUUGUGCUGUUUUAAAUUCAAAUGAUGAUUCAUACUGGAGAAAAUGGCAUUCACCUUCUCUGUGCGGAAAUAGUUAUUAAACAAGCAGGUUUAAAACUCUCAUGAUCCAUAAUGAGGAAAAAAGCCUUCUACAUGCAGUUUGGGACUUUUUUAUAUCAGCUCACUGUAAACACCACAAGGUGAUUCAUACUGGAGAACAGCCUUUUAACUGUUCUCAGUGUGGAGGAUUAUUAGUAUCAUCGUUACUGUACAUUACAGCUAUUCUGGGACCUGAUUUUGGAGGUUACCAGCUACACUAAUGGUCAUAUGAUCUUAUCCUAGUGACCGCGCUGUGACCGGCCAGCGACCUUCUCAGCGAGUCACUCUUAAAAGGUGGAUAGGACGUCCUAAGGUAGUCAUGGGGUAACACUGGGUUAAACUUGGAGGGAAGGUGGCUUGUUGGCUGUUCUGCUCUCUACCAAUCACAGACAGCAUUCUAACAUGCAUAUAGCCAAUGGGAAGAGAGCGAAGAAGCCCACAAGGUGCACCAUUUUCCUUGGCCUAGUGCGAAACGUAGUGAGAGCUUACCUGUAUUGUCUGUCAUUGUAUAUAUUUAUAUGGGUAUAUUAACACUAAUGUCUGCUUAUAAAUGUAUAAAUAAAGGACAAAACAUUGUGAACAUGCACAGCUAAA